AUGUCUGAAGGGCUAUCCGAAAAGGUACUUCUUGGUGCUCAGAUGACCAAAGAAUUCCUUGGGGAGGAGCUAUUGACAGAGCUGCGAAAACAUGCCAAAGACGACAUCUUCACCAAGACAAGCCAAGAGUAUAUUGCGGAAGUUUGUUUCUCCAGCUACGCGCGCCCAGGCCUCAAGUUCCGCGAGCGCUCCCUCAUGAACCUUGCCAUGCUUACGGCUCUCAAUCGAGGACCCGAGCUACGUAUUCAUGUCGCCGCUGCGCUUCACAAUGGACUCACGGAGGAAGAAAUCUGCGAAGCUUGCAGACAUGCAAUGAUUUACUGCGGUGUUCCCGCCGGCCGGGAUGCGCUUGCUAUCGCGAGCGAUACUGUCAACACUAUUAAGAACAAGUCGAAGGGAUAG